AUGGCGGCAAAACCACCACUCCAAUCCUCCUCCUCCUCCGCCGCCGCUUUCUCGCUCAAAAAUCUGUCAUACAAAUGUCCCAAACUCCCUUCUUUGCUCUUCAAAACCAAAUCACACACUAGUAUUACUAUUAGGAUUAGGUGCGACGCCCGCGACCAAAAUUUGAGUGUUAGAUUUGUGCCAGCAGCAGCAGCAACCAAUCACCAUCUUCGCUCGAUGCAAAACUCUCCUCCUUCUCCUUCUCCGUCCUCUAUUUCAAUUCCCGCCGCCUCCUCCUCCUCAUCAGACUCCUCGCCUUCCAAAAAGGUUUCCCUUUUCUAUUGCGCCGAAACCAAACCCUUAGCUCAACGAAUCGCUGCUGAGUCCGAUUCAAUCGAGCUCCGCGCCAUCACCUGGAGGACAUUUGAUGAUGGGUUUCCAAAUUUAUUUAUACCAAAUGCACAUGGAAUUCGGGGUCAGCAUGUUGCCUUUCUGGCUUCUUUUAGCUCUCCAAAAGUAAUAUUUGAGCAACUUUCAAUUAUCUACGCCUUGCCCAAAUUGUUCAUUUCUUCCUUCACCCUCGUGCUUCCCUUUUUUCCCACUGGAACUUCGGAGCGUAUGGAGGACGAAGGAGAUGUUGCCACUGCUUUCACUCUUGCUAGGAUCUUGUCCAAUGUACCAACUCCCAGGGGAGGUCCUACUAGCUUGGUCACUUUUGAUAUCCAUGCUCUUCAGGAGAGGUUCUACUUCGGUGAUAAUAUUUUACCAUGCUUUGAGAGUGGCAUACCUUUGCUUAAAAAUAGGCUUCAAGAGCUCCCUGAUUCUGACAAGAUAGCAAUUGCUUUUCCUGAUGAUGGUGCAUGGAAACGAUUUCAUAAUCAACUGCAACAUUUCCCUAUGAUCAUUUGUGCUAAAGUUCGGGAAGGUGACCAAAGAAUUGUGCGUAUCAAGGAGGGAGACCCUCGAGGGCGUCACGUUGUUAUCGUUGAUGAUUUGGUUCAGUCUGGUGGCACUCUGAUUGAAUGUCAGAAAAUAUUGGCUAACCACGGAGCGGCAAAAAUAAGUGCCUAUGUGACUCAUGGGAUUUUUCCAAAUAGAUCGUGGGAACGCUUUGAAUUUGAUAAUGGAGGCCACCCAGGGGCUGGGCUAACCUACUUCUGGAUUACAGACUCGUGCCCAUUGACAGUGAAGGAAGUGAUGAAAAAACCGCCAUUUGAAGUUCUUAGUCUAGCUGGUUCAAUAGCAGCUGCUCUUCAAAUCUGA